AUGUCUGAGGAAAUCGAAUUCGACUUCGGCGAUAAUGUCGAGAAGAGCACAUUUGAACAGAUUCUCGACAUGGACGAGGAAGAUGAUCGAGACUUUUCAAAGUCAAUAGUCUUUGGAUUUUUAGAGCAAGCAGAGCAGACUUUUGGCAAAAUGGACACUGCCAUGAAAGAAAAAGACCUCGCCGAGCUUUCCAGCCUGGGUCACUUUCUCAAAGGCUCGUCUGCGACAUUGGGCUUCACAAAGGUCAAGGAUGAAUGUGAGAAAAUUCAACACUAUGGUCACAAGAAAAACGAGACCGGCGAAGUGGAUGAACCAGAUGAAGACAAGUGCCUGAGACUCAUUGGCGAAAGUCUUGCUGAGGCUAAACGAGCUUACGAGGUCGUCAAUAGCCUGAUGAAGCAGUUCUACGCCGAACCCUGA